AUGUCCUUCAAGAAAGACGAAGAGGCAGGUGGGAUGUCUUUCUACCAUGACAAGUCCACCAUCCUCCAGGAAGCGCGAUGUUUCAACGAGUCUCCCAUAUCUCCUAGAAAAUGUCGUGCUCUUUUGACCAGAAUCGUGUAUUUGUUAUAUGUUGGAGAAACAUUCUCAACUCAAGAAGCCACCACUCUCUUCUUUGGCGUGACAAAGUUGUUCCAGCAUAAAGAUGCUGCUCUAAGACAAAUGGUCUACCUGGUUAUCAAGGAGUUAUCAACUAUCGCAGAAGACGUCAUCAUGGUCACUUCAUCAAUCAUGAAGGACAUGCAACCUAAUCUUGAGGUCGUGUAUAGGCCAAAUGCCAUAAGAGCUUUAGCGAGAAUCAUCGAUGCGCAAUCUGUUCAAUCUGUCGAACGGUAUUUUAAAUCUGCUCUAGUUGAUCGAUCAUCAUCAAUCUCAUCAGCAUCACUGGUCUCGUCAUAUCACUUGUUCCCACUUUCUCCAGCAAUAAUCAAAAGAUGGUCAAAUGAAGCCCAAGAAGCAGUUAAUGCUAAAUCAGUUUCGAAUUAUUCGGCAAAUGCUUCGGCUUAUCUUGCAGGUGGUGGAUCAGGUGGAUAUCAAGCCGUGGCAAGUUCAAGUUAUAUAAUGCAAUAUCAUGCUUUGGGAUUGUUAUACCUUAUAAGAGAGAAAGAUAGAAUGGCAAUCACUAAAAUGGUUCAACAACUCGGUUCAGGUGGUAAAGGAAGUGGAAUAAUCAAAAAUUCAAUGGCAAUGUGUAUGUUGAUCAGAUUUGCUAGAAAAGUGAUGGAUGAGGAUCCAAAUGUUCGGAAACAGAUGCACGAGUACCUCGAAACGCUGCUUAGACAUAAAUCGGAAAUGGUCAACAUCGAGGCAGCUCGAGCUAUUUGUGAGAUGAGAGAUGUCCAACCUGGAGACCUAUUCAGGACUGUUGCCGUUCUUCAAUUAUUCAUGAACUCCCCUAAACCCGUCAUCAAGUUUGCCGCGGUUAAAACCUUGAACAAGCUUGCUCAAAUACUCCCUGCAUCCGUUGCUACCGUCAACGUAGAGUUGGAGAACUUGAUCACUGAUUCCAACAGGAGUAUCGCAACAUAUGCUAUUACCACUUUACUCAAGACUGGUAAUGAGGCUUCAGUGGACCGAUUGAUGAAACAAAUCUCCUCCUUCAUGGCUGAUAUCACAGAUGAAUUCAAGAUCAUUGUGGUUGAUGCUAUUCGAUCAUUGUGCCUCAAAUUCCCUGCUAAACAAGCUGUCAUGCUUUCUUUCCUCUCUGGGGUCUUAAGAGAUGAAGGUGGCUACGAUUUCAAGCAUGCCGUCGUAGAGGCUAUUUUCGACAUGAUCAAAUUCAUCAAGGAUUGUCGUGAGACUGCCCUCGCCCAUUUGUGUGAAUUCAUCGAAGAUUGCGAAUUUACCAAACUUUCAGUUCGAAUUCUACAUUUAUUAGGUAUUGAAGGACCCAAAACUCGAAACCCUACCAAAUUCAUCAGGUAUAUCUACAAUCGAGUAGUCCUUGAGAACGCUGUUGUUCGAGCUGCCGCCGUCAGCAGUCUUGCUAAGUUCGGGGUUUGCAUCGACGACCAGACUGUGAUGAAGUCCGUCAACGUCUUAUUGAGACGAUGUCUAGAUGACGUAGAUGAUGAAGUAAGAGAUAGGGCAGCUAUGUAUAUAAGGGUCUUGGAAGAGAAAUCAUUGGCCGAUGUAUUUGUUCGAGAGGAGGCUACUUUCUCCCUUGCUCAACUGGAAGAUCAACUUGUGUCAUAUGUCAAAGACGAAGCCAAGCACUCGUCCGCCUUCGAUGUCUCCUCUAUUCCACGAGUCAGCAAAGAAGCAGCGGCAGCUGAGAUUGCUUCAUCUCGACCUUCUGCCCUUGAUAUCGCCGGUCCAUCCACUCAUGCGGCUGCAGAACCCACACCUCAGGCCUCAACUUCCGCAGAAGGUCAAUCCUCUUACGCGUCUCAACUUGCUUCUGUACCAGAAUUAGAAUCAUAUGGACCAGUAUUGAAAUCAUCUACGAAACCAGUCGAACUUACUGAAAGUGAAACCGAAUAUGUCGUUUCUGCGGUUAAACAUAUAUUCAAAGAACAUAUUGUUUUCCAAUUCAACGUGUCAAAUACAAUCCCCGAUACUGUUUUAGAACAAGUUGCUGUAAUAAUGACACCAUCACCUGAUUCUGGAUUGACAGAAGACUUCAUUGUACCCAUUCAAAGUCUAAGUGCAUCUGCAGGAUCAGGUAUAGGAUACGUUUCAUUCACUAGAGAUGAUCCUUCUUCGUAUGCAGCUGGAACUUUCGGCUGUACACUUAAAUUUGUCAGCAAAGAAAUAGAUCCAACAAGUGGUGAACCUGAAGAAGAAGGUUACGAUGAUGAAUAUCAAGUCGAAGAAUUGGAUCUAGGUGCAGGUGAUUACAUUACACCAACAUAUGUGACAUUCUCGAGUGAAUGGGAGAAAUUGGCGGACAAAGCUUCGUUGACAGAAACCUUUGCAUUAUCGUCAUCUGAAUCAUUGAAGGACGCAUGUAAAUCACUCAUAGAAGUACUCAACAUGUUACCAUUAGGAGGAACUGAAACGCCCGCAUCGAACUCAGUACAUACAUUGAAUUUGUCAGGUUUGGUUAUCCCGAAUGGUAAUGGUCCAGAAGAGAAAUCAACAAAAGUCUUAGCUAGAUGUAGGAUGACUUAUGCCCCAGGGGCAGGAGUGACUCUUGAGUUGGGCGUAAGAGCUGAAAAGGAAGAAAGUGCCAGAUUGGUCAUGGCCGCUAUUUAG